UUCUCAAGUAGCAAAAGCCAUAUGUCACAUGAAACGCUUCAGAAAAUAUGGUCGUAACAAAUCCAACGCAGAAGCUCCGUCAACUUUUUGCUCAGCGCCGCGCUCGUCUCGCUUGCCGCCGAGAAUAGUGAUAAAAGAUUGCAAAAAGGGGAGAAAAUGUCCACAUCAAUCCCCCAAGACUCUCCACUCCUCCACCACCACCUCGUCCUUCUUCUCUCCAAACCCCAUCCACCUUCCCCUCAAAUCCCUCCUCUCACUUGUCCCCGACUCCACCAUGCGACCAAACCCUAACCCUAAUCCUUACCCUUCCCUCAUUGUACCCUGAUCUCUCCCUCUCUCUAUCUCUAUCUCUUCGCCAUGGCCCGCUUCCACCUCCACCUCCGCUUCCAGCCCUCCCCUCCCCUUUCGCUCGGCUGCCGCGCCUCCGAGGAGGAUUGCCCGAUUUCGUCGCCGUUGAUCUUGCCGGGGACAGGCGGUGGAGCGGGGGAUAGGGGAAGCGGCGGCGGCCAUGGCCACCAGUUUUCGAUCGUGGCGGUGGUGGUGGCGGCGCUGAGGAGGUCGCUGGUGAUGUGCAGCGUGGGCGCGGCGGCGGAGGACGGGGGCUGCCCCUCCCCGAUGGAGAUCGGCUGGCCCACCGAUGUGCGCCACAUUGCUCACGUGACCUUCGACCGCUUCGAUGGCUUCCUCGGCUUGCCCGUGGAGUUCGAGCCCGAGGUUCCGAGAAGGGUGCCAAGCGCCAGUGUAAGUGUAUUUGGAGUUUCUGCCAAAUCUAUGCAAUGUUCUUAUGAUAAAAGAGGGAAUAGCGUGCCAACAAUUUUGCUUUUGAUGCAAAAGCACUUGUAUUCGCAAGGAGGCCUUCAGAUGGAAGGAAUCUUUAGAAUUAAUGCUGAGAAUAGUCAAGAAGUAUAUGUUAGAGACCAAUUAAAUAGAGGAAUCGUGCCACAUGGAAUCGAUUUACAUUGUCUAGCUGGUCUGAUAAAGGCAUGGUUUCGGGAACUCCCCACUGGGGUGCUUGACUCGCUGACUCCAGAUCAGGUGAUGCAUUGCAACACUGAAGAAGAGUGCUGUCAACUUGCAAGGAUUCUUCCACCAAUGGAAGCAGCAUUGCUUGACUGGGCCAUCAAUCUGAUGGCUGAUGUUGUGGAGCAUGAACAUUACAACAAGAUGAAUGCUCGUAAUAUUGCUAUGGUUUUUGCACCUAACAUGACUCAGAUGGCCGAUCCCUUAACUGCAUUGAUCCAUGCAGUUCAAGUAAUGAACUUCCUCAAGACAUGGAUCAUAAAGACGCUGCGAGAAAGGGAGGAGGCAUCUGCAGUAACCAGGGUUUUCCGUCCCUGUUCUGAGUCUCCUAGUGACAAGGAUGAGCCCAAUUCAGCAAAACCAACUGAAAAAUCUAGUGUGGGUUCUAAUGAGAAAACUAUGGACAUCUGUCUCGUUGACAGAACUGCCUUCAGCAAAUUCUUGUUCGGUGCAGAACAUGCUCCAGAUAGUGAUGUUGAUGAGAGCUUUGAGAGCUUCCAGAAGAAGAGUGAAAGCAGUGAGGACUGUGGAUUCAUUUCUGGAAAAAGUUCGCCCGUCUGUAGUGAUUUAGAUUCAAUAGAAGAUGGCUCUAAAGGUGGCUCGUUGGAUAGGUUGAAUUGGAGGAAAGGAGCAAGGAAGAUUUGCAGGCACCCUGUGUUUCAAUUAAGCAGGUCCAGCAAGAAGUCAGGAGAGCUUGGCAUUGUAAAUUCUAGGGUAGAAGGAAGAGAAGCUUGGGCAUGAGGUGUAUCAUAUAAUGGAAACAUGUUUCAGUAGUUAUCUGUGGUGUCUUUAGUUGUGAUUAUCUGAUGUUUGUGAUGGGUCGCGGGAAUUCAAAAAUUUAGUAGGUUAAUGUUCAUAAUUCAGCUGGAGGAGUAUUAAAUAGAAUGAUCUUUAGUAUAGCAUUGAAGUACCGUGGGAGGUAUUCACAGUU